AUGGCCUCUACCGCUCAUCUGCCCAACAUGGGCACAGCGGCUAUUCCGAAAGAUCAGGCUAUCCCAGCGAUCCUCAGUUCUGCUAUACGGAGGAUACUAGCCCGAUUGAGGGUCUUAAGAAGCGUUCCAGGAGCACCUGUGGCCACCACCUCCUCGCUCCUGCCCUUCAUACCGAAACCUGUCAAAAUAAUCUUCCUCCUACUCGUCCUCAUCAACUCCCCAUCAUUCCCCUUCCAAUGGCACCUGCGAGUAUGGAGUCACGCCCUGAAAGCUUACUACCUGGUCUAUCGUAAAGGACGUGGAAGGUACCUACGGGAGUGGGAGGCGGAGAACUUGAAGGCGGGGCAAGUGAGGGGAUUGCGGACGAAGAUAAAGCGGAGAGCUUGGCUCGAUGAUUGCGACUACAACAUUCACUUGUCCAACUCGUGCUAUGCCAAGAAUUCUGACUCGGCGCGGAUGGACUAUUGCGUCCAGUCGAUGUCGCCCAUCUUUACCCCUGGGGUGAAUGUCGCUCUUGCUGGAUCGCACUACAACUUCUUGAAGGAGAUCCCGAUGGGAAGCGAGUAUCUCAUGGAGACGAGAAUAGCAGGGUGGGGCGAGAAGUGGCUCUAUAUCGUCACCGAGUUCAUCAUUUACCCCAAAUCCAAACCCACCUCCAAUCUCAAAGCCGCCAAGGCGCAAAUCGACGCCAAGAUCGCGUCAGCCCCAACCUCAUCCGCUGGUCCCGCCAUCCCCUCCAUCUCCGCGCCUGGGACAGGCGAGUCCACCCCUCAAGUCUCCGGCACAGCCUCCCCGAUCCCGAACAUGGAAGAAGCGAAGAAGGUUGCCGCGCGGACAAGACCUGCACGGUCGGACGGAGGCAUCGUGGCGUGUCUGGCGGUAUUUGAGUAUUGCUUUAAGAUUGGUCGAGUCACCAUUCCACCUCGGGUUGCACUGUACUUUGCCUUCCAAUCGCCAAAACAGGACGAACGGGACCAUGCCCGAAAGAUGAUCUUGUCGAAAGAUCAGGGCAGAGCUUGGUUGCGCGGCGGAUGGAGGGAUGAGCCGAAUGCUGCGGAUAUCGGACGGAAUAUCGGGAUGGACGAUAGCGUCACGGAGGAGCAGAGUGGGGAGGCCUGGUACGAUAAGACAAGGAAGGGGAUGGAGGGUGUGGCGGAGGGGCUGAGCGUGCUGUGA